UGGCAGAUCAGGCGUACUUGGAGGCGGUGGCGGGUCGAGUGACGUCUCUGUCGUAGUCCGACGGUGCAGAGGACGCAGUGUGGGUAAUCACCGUUGAAACCGGAUUAAGUGCCCUUGUAACGCACAUUACAGCUCAUUUGUUUGUGUGAAAAUACGGUAACCAUGAUCAAAAAUGGCCACCACGCCGCGGACGAGCAGCUGGGCGGAGGCGACCGGAAGAAGAGUCCGGCUAGUUCGCAUUGCAGCCCCGAGAAAAGGAAGCGUGUUGUCCGGUUGUGGUGCGACGGCUGUUAUGACAUGGUACACUAUGGCCACUCCAAUCAGUUGCGGCAAGCAAAAGGCAUGGGGGAUUACCUCAUUGUUGGAGUACAUACAGAUGUGGAAAUUUCCAAGCACAAAGGCCCGCCGGUCUUCACUCAGGAAGAACGCUAUAAGAUGGUGCGGGCCAUCAAGUGGGUGGACGAGAUCGUGGAAGGAGCGCCAUACGUCACCACCCUGGAGACCCUGGACAAGUACAACUGUGACUUCUGCGUGCAUGGAGACGACAUCACGCUUACUGUGGAUGGCAAGGACACAUACGAAGAGGUGAAGCGUGCGGGACGCUAUCGGGAAUGUAAACGCACUCAGGGAGUAUCCACUACAGACCUGGUGGGACGUAUGCUGCUCAUGACCAAGUCACAUCACAGCAACAUGGAUAAUCCAGAUUACCAGCAGCAUACAGAUAAUUUUGGCAAGGGUCCUAAAGGCCACAGUCCAUGGACCGGAGUGUCUCAGUUCUUGCAGACAUCCCAGAAGAUCAUCCAGUUCGCCUCAGGAAAAGAGCCUCAGCCUGGAGACACCAUCAUCUAUGUCGCCGGGGCUUUCGACCUCUUCCACAUUGGUCAUGUUGACUUCCUGGCGAUGGUCUACAAGUUGGCAGAGAGACCCUACGUCAUCGUGGGUCUGCACUUUGACCAGGAGGUCAACCGAUACAAGGGGAAGAACUACCCAAUCAUGAACGUCCAUGAGAGGACUUUGAGCGUCCUGGCCUGUCGGUACGUGUCAGAAGUGGUGAUCGGUGCGCCCUAUGCGGUGACCAAAGACCUCUUGGAUCAUUUUAAGGUGGACGUGGUUUGCCACGGCAUGACAAAAGUCUUUCCUGACAAAGAUGGCUCGGACCCUUACGCUGAGCCCAAGAAGAGAGGCAUCUUCAGGAGCAUUGACAGCGGAAACAAUCUCACGACAGAUGACAUCGUGCAGAGGAUCAUUGCUAAUAGGCUGCAGUUUGAAGCCAGGAACCAGAAGAAGGAGGCCAAGGAGAUGGCUGUGAUCGAGGCUAUGAAGAAGCGAGAGGAAGAGAGUGAAGACGCUGACUAAACACACCAGGACUUUCCUGCUUCUCUCCUUCUGGUACAGCUUAAGGUGAGCUGAUCCAGGGUGAAGAUGCACUCUUUUGGCUGCUUGAUGUCCUCCAUGCUACUGGGUGGCUUCUCUCUCUGUGCUCCAGACGGGAUUAGGCUAGAUCCAAGAUCUACUUUACAAACAUAUGUUUUCUUCUUUAAAAUGACACAGCACGUCCUCAUAGUAUCUUUAAUUUGACAAAGUAACGUCACUGCUUAGUUCUCUUUGAAUGUUACAUUUUUACAGUUUAUUCCAGGUAUUUUAUUAGACGUUCAUUCAUUCAUCUUAAAAGAGGACAUGAUUUUAUACAUAAAAGUCUUUUAAAGCAGAUAUUUUUAACUGGAUUUCAGCUACCUGACAGGUGUGUGUGUGUGUUUUUGUGUGUAUGUAGAUUUACAGGAGGUUUUGUCCAAAAUACAGUAAAGCCUCAUUCCUCAAGCUAGAACAAAUGUAAGCUAAUUUUAAUGUGGUGUAUGCAGUUUGACUUUUAUUACCAGAAAGUGAUUUUCUUCAUGUUGGAGACUAACAACGUAAAGCGGGGGUGUCCAACCCUUUCCUAGUGAGAGCACAUUGAUAAAAAUGAACCGAUUUGCUGCAUUUUGUAUAUUAAAGAGGCUAAAAGCAAUCCAGUGGAUGUCAAUGAUAUGCCAAGAUAUGGUAUUAGCUUUAUGUUCUAGCGGCAAAUUAAUGUAAUAUCUAAUCAAAUAUUUCAUAUGUAAUCAAUAAAUAUGCUAAAAAUGGCCCCUGGGGCAACAUUUUGGACACCCUGCCUUAAAGGAUGGUGUUGGGCAAAUAAUUUCUUAGCAAGUAUGUGCAUGUUCCUGUCACUAAAUGGAGAAUAUGAACGUGCAGGACAAUGUCAUCCGGUAAGAGUUCGCAAGCUUUAAUAAUAAUAAUAAUUGUAAAAUGUAAUAAAGUUGCUAUGUGGCAAAGA